AUGCUUUUGCUCAAGCUUGCUACCGUGUUUGCCCUGAUGGCCGCAACUCCUGCGAUUGGUGGCUCCGUCAACCCGGGUGUGUCUCGCUCGGCGUGCAUUAGCCAGAGUGUCGAUCGGGCCCGAGCUCGAGCUUCGCAAGCCGAUGCUGUUGUCUGCUACCACGGUGAAUAUGACAUUGUCAACAAGGAUGGAAACACUUUUGGCCUACUGUUCCAAGUACAGUGCGGCGAGGAGAGGGUCAACGUCGAUUGCUUUUGGAUGGAUGGCCCCGCAAUCUUCAAUGGUCACGACGAUGGCGGAUCAGACAACCUCGGCUACAGCAUGGACACCACAAAGUGCCAGUUCAGUUCCUUCUGGCGUUCCGUCAAGUGCCAGGGGUGA